UAGAGAUCCCUAACCAUUUCUAGGGUUUCUUCCCUCCUCUUAGACCGCCGCCGCCACCGAGCCACUGCUUCUUCUGUGCGGAGAGAGAGAGAGAGAGAGAGCUACCCUUCCCUUCCCUUCUCCUCCUCCUGCUCCGCCGCCGCCAUGGGCAAGUACUCGACGGAGCCGUCCAACCCGACCAAGUCGGCCAAGGCCAUGGGGAGGGAUCUCAGGGUCCACUUCAAGAACACAAGGGAGACAGCGUUCGCUCUUCGCAAGCUGCCUUUGGUCAAGGCAAAGCGGUACCUUGAGGAUGUUAUUGCUCACAAGCAGGCAAUUCCCUUCAGAAGGUACUGUGGAGGCGUGGGCCGUACUGCACAAGUGAAGUCUCGCCAAUCAAAUGGGCAGGGCAGGUGGCCUGCCAAAUCAGCCAGGUUCAUUUUGGAUCUGCUGAAGAAUGCUGAGAGUAACGCUGAUGUUAAAGGCUUGGAUGUCGACAACCUCUUCGUUUCACACAUCCAGGUGAACCAAGCCCAGAAGCAGAGACGCCGGACAUACCGUGCUCAUGGACGCAUCAAUCCUUACAUGUCCUCACCCUGCCACGUCGAGCUUAUCUUGUCAGAGAAGGAAGAGGCCGUGAAGAAAGAGCCUGAAACCACCAUCGCCCCGAGGAGGCAGUGAGCUUAUCCGCCCAGAGUCGCAACUUUAGUUCAUUUUCUAGUACUUUGUUAUGGCAUUGUGUGCUAUUUAUGUUUCUGGUACCAUUGUUUAGUCGGAACUUGUUAAGUUUGAUGCUAUCCUUUCGUUUGUGUAUGUUCAAAUGGUAACAAUUACUUGCCAACUUAUCUGCCAAAAUUUUACUGCCUUACAAAAGCGUCAUCAUCAAACUGCCUUGAUUGCU